AUGGAUGCAUUUAAUAACAAUACAACAUUUGAUAAUGUUAGUGAUAGUUGUAAUAAUAAUGAUGAUAAUAGCGAAGAUCGUGGAACGAGAAUUCACAACGAUAGUGCUGAAGACGUUGGAUUUACAGAAGAUAUUUUGCAUGAUAAGAAAACAUAUCGACCAAUACCUAUGAAAACAAUUAUACCUGGAGUAUUAUUUAUAAAUGAUUAUGAAUUAGAUUAUGUAGAUAAACAACGAAGUCGUUUUCCAAAUAUUAACUGGGAACCUGAUACACGAAAAACCAACAGUAAAACACAUGGUAAACCUAGUUCAACAUGGUGGUCUGGUAGUCGUCAACAAUGGUUAAGAGCUGUUUGUACCAAUAAUAUUUAUGGAUUAUUAUGUUCUGUUUGUGCACAAUAUGGAACAGAUGAUGUUCGAAUACAACGAGCACAUGGUGCAUUUAUUGUUAAACCAUAUUACAAAUUACAAAAAAAAGGCCUUGAUGGUAUUACAAAUCAUGAAGUAAGUCAGAUCCAUUUACAAUCAAUAAGUACGGCAAGUGCAAAGCUAACAAAAAACGAUAAUAAUACAAUAAUUGGAAAAAUUAAUGCAAUAAACAUGAAUACUUGUACAUUAAAUUAUUUACGUGCAUUAGCACGAACAUUUUUAUUUAUCAAUUUGGCAGAACCAAUAACAAAAUGGUUAUCAGUUUCAAACAACAAACAACGAUAUUGGAGUGGGGAAAGUCGGGCCGAAUGGUUGCUCAGUGUUAAAUCAUAUUUAUGGAAAAAGCAAUUAAACGAAUUAAAAAAUGCAAACUUUUUAACAGUUAUGCUUGAUGAAACAACUGAUAUCAACAAUUUAAAACAACUUGUUAUUUGUCUUCGUUUUUUUAAUACAGCAACGUCAUCAAUAGUCGAACAAAUUUUUCGUUUAACACCUAUCGAAUCUCAAACUGGAGAGAAUUUAUACAAUAAAUUAUGUGAAUUUUUGACAAAUAUUCAAAAUGAAUUAGAGAAAGAAUUUAUAAUUGUAUGUCAAUGCUACGACGGAGCUUCAGCUCUUCGUUUUCAAUUACAAGGACAUUUUCGUGCUAGAUGGUGUGCAUUUGCUAUUUACUUAUAUUGUCGAUCACAUCUUCUCAAUUUAUGUGUUAAAGACGCAAUUGGUUCUGUGUUUAAUAAAACCUACAAAUUGGUACGUUCUACUCUUAUUUUUAUUCGUGAUGGAGCAUUUCGUGCUAUACUAUUAAAACGUUCACAAGAAAUACAAGCAACGAUUACAAAUAGUAAUAAUGAAUCAGAUAAUGACGAUAAUCUUAAUGAUACAUCAUCGCAAAAUAACAACAAGAAUAAUCGUGUACAAUAUGUCCAACAAAAACCUCGACCAAAAAAAGCAACACUAGCAAUUCCAACACCAAGUGAUACAAGAUGGAUAUAUCAUUACCAAUUAAUUAGUUUUAUGUGGAAGCAUUUAGCAGCAGUAGUGGCUACGUUAAGUCAGAUAGUAGAAAAAGAUGAUGAUGGUUCGCCAACAGCAAAUGGCUAUGCAUUACAAUUAAUUGAUAAAACAACAAUAUUUGAAAUAAAUGUGAUGGAAAAUGCAUUAAGACAUUCAUAUUUUUUUUUAAAAGAAAUUGAACAUCGAUCAUCAACAUUAGAUAAAUUUUGCAUAUGUCUCGAUUCGACAAAAGAAGCUAUUGCUAACACAAUGAACGUAUUUGAUUUUGAAUUAUAUAAAGAAAAAUUAGCUACAAUUGACAACAUUGUUCCAACAGUUCUACUAACAUCACAAUGUACACGUCGUGGUGGUCAACAUAGGACAACAAAUGAUCAAAAUAAUGAUAUAAAUAUUGAUAAAUUAAUUAAACAUGGAUAUUUAUUUUUAGAUAAAUUUAUGGAAUCAAUCGAAGAUCGUUUUAAUCAAAAUUGUCGAAUGGUUGUUGAUAAUAUUACUUAUUUUUCUAAUCCACAAGAAUAUGAUGAUAAUAAAUUAAUUGAUAAUGAAUUAUUGCUGUUCUACUGUAAUUCAAUACAUUUUAAACAUAAAGAUACGAAUAAAUCAAUGUACGAAAAAACAGAAAAUGCAAUUUUAAACAAACAUUUAUUACAAAAACAAUUACUACAAUUUCGUUCAACAAUUCGAACAAUAACUGGUUUACUUGAAAUUACAAAAUGUUUAUCAAAAUGCGGUGUUUAUCGUUUAUCUGAAUGGUACAAGUUUUACCAAAUAUUAAUUACAAUACCAUUAGGUGCUAAUGAAUGCGAAAAAUCAUUUAGUGCAUUAACAAGAAUCAAAACAAAGUUACGUAAUAGACUUGGAAAUGAUGCACUUGAAACAACAGUUAAAUAUGCAAUAAUGAAACCGUAUAUGAACAAUGAUGAUAUUGACUAUAUUGUUUCUAAUUUUUAUGCUAAUCCUACAAGAGCAGAAUCUCGAAAUGUUAAAAUAUUUGUUGACGAUAGUUAA